UUGCCAGCUGCACGGCGCCGCUUACGGAGGCGUCCUGGGGAGGCAGAGGCUGCGGCUCCAAGGCGCCCCUUCGCACUCUAACCUCCAGAGUCGAAUCCCCCCCCACCACCGCCCCCACUCCGCCGACACCACCACCACCGCUACACCAGCAGCACCCCAUACACCCCCCCCCCUCCUCCUCCUCCCCCUCAUCUCCAAAACAAAUUUCGGGAUGCAAGCAUGCCACAACAGCAGCUAGGUAUCCGCCUAUCCUCCCCCAAAGUCACCGCAGGCGCAGCAGCAGGCUUCCCCCGUCCGAGAGAGCGCGGAGACUCCACCGAGUGAUGCCACUACUGCAGCAAGAAAAGCACCCAGCAUCCUCGCUUGUUCUCGACGCCUGCCGGAGGACCCGACGCCACAAUCUCGGCCCUUGACAGAAGAGAGAGCCCCCCCUGUCCCCGCGGCUCCGCUCCCGUCCCGACACCAGGAUGUCCGACAGCACCGCAAGUCCCAGCGACCGGGUGAUCAAAUCGGUCCCCUUCCCCCUGGCCCACCGACUGACCAUGAAGGAGGUUUUCGAUCCCGAGGGCCGGCCGCGGGUGGACCUGCUCAAAGCUCAUCUCACCAAGGAAGGCCGACUGGAGGAAGCCGUGGCCCUGCGCAUCAUCGAUGAGGGUGCUGCCAUCCUGCGCCAGGAGCGCACCAUGUUGGACAUAGAGGCACCAGUCACGGUGUGCGGCGACAUCCACGGCCAGUUCUUCGACCUGAUGAAGCUGUUUGAAGUGGGAGGUUCUCCUGCCAACACUCGCUACCUCUUCCUGGGGGACUACGUGGACAGGGGCUACUUCAGUAUCGAGUGUGUGUUGUACCUCUGGUCACUGAAAAUCCUCUACCCAAAGACACUUUUUCUUCUGCGUGGAAACCAUGAAUGUAGACAUCUGACAGAAUAUUUCACCUUCAAACAAGAAUGUAAGAUCAAGUACUCGGAGCAGGUGUAUGACUCCUGCAUGGAGGCGUUUGAUUGCCUGCCCCUUGCAGCCCUCAUGAACCAGCAGUUCCUCUGUGUGCAUGGGGGGCUUUCGCCAGAGAUCCACACGCUGGACGACAUCAAGAAGUUGGAUCGAUUCAAGGAGCCCCCGGCGUUUGGGCCCAUGUGUGACCUGUUGUGGGCCGACCCCCUGGAAGACUUUGGCAAUGAGAAGACCCAGGAGUACUUUGGCCACAACACAGUGAGGGGAUGCUCCUAUUUCUACAGUUACCCAGCGGUGUGCGAGUUCCUCCAGACCAACAACCUGCUGUCAAUCAUCAGAGCGCACGAAGCCCAGGACGCUGGGUACCGCAUGUACAGGAAGAGUCAGACCACAGGUUUCCCCUCGCUCAUUACCAUCUUCUCUGCUCCCAACUAUCUGGAUGUGUACAACAACAAAGCGGCGGUGCUGAAGUACGAAAACAACGUGAUGAAUAUCCGUCAGUUCAACUGCUCCCCUCAUCCAUACUGGCUGCCCAACUUCAUGGACGUCUUCACCUGGUCGCUGCCUUUUGUGGGAGAAAAGGUGACUGAGAUGUUAGUCAACGUCCUGAGUAUCUGCUCGGAUGACGAACUCAUGAACGACGGAGAAGAGAUCUUUGACGCCAGCGCAGCGGCAGCGAGGAAAGAGGUGAUCAAGAACAAGAUCAGAGCCAUCGGCAAGAUGGCCAAAAUGUUCUCAGUGCUACGGGAGGAGAGUGAGAACGUGUUGACCCUGAAGGGACUGACCCCCACAGGAAUGCUGCCCAGCGGCGUGUUGUCUGGGGGCAAACAGACCCUGCAGAGCGCUACCAUUGAGGCCAUAGAAGCCAUCGAGACAGUUAAGGACGCUGAAGCGAUCCGAGGCUUCUCCCCGCAGCAUCGGAUCAGCAGUUUCGAGGAGGCCAAAGGUCUGGACCGGAUCAACGAGAGGAUGCCUCCGCGGCGCGAUGCUGUGAACAGCGUGGGCCUGUCGAUGGGCCGCAUGAACAUGGGAGAGCCCAAUGGGACAGACAGCAACAGCAAUAUACAGUGAUGGACACACGCCCACGCGCCCAGACACAGACCUGCAGUCACAGCGCUGAUGUGCUACCAUAUUUAUAGAUACGUGUACAUAGGCCUCUAUACAUCAUCCACACACACACAUACACACACACACACACACACACACACACACACACACACACAGGUCCCUACCCUCCCGUUGCCCUCGGCUGUAUGUAAAAGGCAUGAGCGAACCCGGACGUCAGCACCGAAGGUCGGAUCUCGUCUGAACUGAUCCGCCCUGUUUAGAGAACGACAACUCCCACAUACCUGUACAGCAGCAGGGAAGAAGGUGGGGGGUGGGGGGGUACGUUUAGCAAAUGUAUGCUUCUUCUCUUUGUUGAUGCCCCGAAAACAGGAAGUUUCGCGGUAGGUUGAUCUAUAGGGUCCGGCCUGCGCGUGCGCACGUGCACGAGCUUCGACGCAUGAACGUCCGUGCAGUUCUGUUGGAAGUUGUGUUUUUGUUGACAGACACGAGCAGAUCUCCGUUAGCCAACGCCAGCGAGAAGCAGAGACGCUCAGCUGGAGUCCCGUCUGAGCCCUCGCUCUUCUUCUCCUCUCCGGAGGAGAUCCCCCGUUUUUGUUCUUGUAGCACCGUCCGGCUGAACCCCAACCCACACCCGCCCCCUCCCUCUGGUCACAGGACCAAGGAAGCCCUGUGUCUGUGAGCGUGUGCGACGGAGAGCCGGGGGGAGUUGAGAUGUGAAGUCCUACUCUUCAUCCUCCCUCCACAUCCUCCUCAUCCUCCUUUCCUCCCGCGACGCCGUCUGCUCCCACACGAGCAGGAACGGCCACAAACCUCCGGGCUCGCAAGCAGGAAGUUCUAUUUCACAGAGGAAACAGACUCUUCUGGUGAAGGCAACAGCCAGGACCACACAAAGUCAGAGGAAAAAGGUCUUUGUAAAGCAUUUAUAUUAACGCAUCAGUGCAUGCAGAGUUAAGUUCUUUGAUAAUAAUGUGAAGAUUCUAUUUGUGCUCUGUGUUUCACUAUGGUAGGAUUUCUGUUUGCUUUUUUUUCUGACUCAUCAAAGAAAUGAGUUCAGCGGAUUCAUUUAUUUUGUACAUAAUGUUAAUUUAAUUUAUUUUUUGUAUCCACUUUGUGUUAAAUUUCUUGAACCACCUCGUUCCUUUUCUUUCUCGGCAUCCCGUGUUUCCGGUUUCCUUUUCCGCGCUGUACAGAACGACAGUCCGCUUCUCUUCAAAGUGUCAAGUCCACGUUCUCUGAUCUCUUCUUUGUCGAUGUACAGGAGUUGUUUUUAACGAUUAAAUAUGAAUAACGGUAAACCGAUAUUAAACUAGCAUUGAUGAAUGACCAUAUUAUAUACAGAGGCACAGGCGUGCGGGCAGCCCACAGCAUGAUUGCAUGGUUCAAAUUCGCGCUGCUCAAAGCAAAAAGGCAGCGAGACACAUUUAAAGAGAAGAGCCGGUGUGUUGCCGUCACAACUUAAAGGAAAAGUGUACUCUGCUCAUAAUUCUUGAUGAUUCCUCUUGUUAUUUGAUGAUAUUUAUGAUUCUAUGAUUACUAUGAUUCUAUUUAUUAUGGACAUUAUUCUUAAUAUUUAAGCUCUCUCUCGCUCUCUCUCUCUCUUGCUCGCUUUCUCUCUCUCGCUCUCUCUCUGCUGGAUGCUCUUCAUGUUGCGUUACUCCUCGGUUGAUUUUGUUGUGCUUCUUUGGGAGAGGUGACCCCCCCUGGAAGACCCUGUGCCAUAGAAAUUGUGCCACGGUUCUUUCUCUCUCUAUUUCUCUCUCUCUCUCUCUCUCUCUGCUCUCUUUCUGUUUUGACUCCCCAGUCACUAACACUGUAAGCAUGCCCCAUGGGACGAUCCACUUUUUUUACUCUUGAAUAAAAUAUGCAUGAACCUUU